GUUAUCAUUAAGUGUCUCUUUCUGUCCUGCCUAUUUUUAAAACUGAAAGUAAAUUCAGUCAGUUACAGGUGUGCUUUUGGAAAGCCUUUCACUCUCUCAAGCUGCCUAGAAGGACAAGGACAUUGCAGGGAUGUGGUUAUUUUAUGGUGUAAAAAACUAUUUUUUUGGUCCUCCUCCUCCUCCUCCUCCUCCUCCUCCUCCUCCUCAAGUGUUAGAAAGCGCCUGGAGGACCUUGAACUGGAGUGAGGAUGGGCAAAACCUUUUGAAUAUGGUAACCAACUUCAAGCCUGAGCGUUCAGAGGUCGACACUGUGAGAAUUCUUCUGCAUGGACCACAAGGUGCUGGAAAAUCAAGCUUCUUCAACUCUGUGAAUAGUGUUUUGCAGAGACGCAUCACUACUAGAGCCCUGGCGAACGCUUUAGAAGUUGAGCGAAGCUUCACUUUACAGAGCAAAACAUACAAAGUGAGGAAGGAUGGACCUGACUCUUACUUUCCUUUCACGUUUACUGACAUCGCUGGUAUUCAUGAUCAAGUUAACGGAAUACAGAGUGAUGACAUCGUCAAAUUAUUAAACGGCCAUAUCAGCGAUGGUUAUUUUUUUAACCCAGUAAGAUCCAUUACAGAAGACGACAACAAGUAUAAAAGAAACCCUGUGUUGAAAGACAGGAUUCACUGUCUGGUGGCUGUUCUUCCUGCUAACACAAUUUCUUUAUUUGAUGAAAAAAUAAUGAGGCAAAUGAGAGACGUUCGAAGGAAAGCUAAGGACCUGGGCAUUCCUCAAGUCAUUAUAAUGACCAAAGUGGAUGAAGUAUGUCCACUAGUUAAAAACAAUCUUCAGAAGAUCUACACAAGCAAGAAAAUUAAGGAGAAGAUAGAGGAGUGCUCUGUUAGACUGGGAGUUACUGUGGACUGCAUUUAUCCUGUGAAAAACUACCAUAAGGAACGUUCCACUGAUGCUACAAUCGAUAUUCUAAUUUUGGAUGCAUUGCACAAGAUUAUAAGCAUUGCCAAUGACUAUGUGGAUGACCAAUUGGACAGUUAAAAUUCUAUAUAAAUCUACUGUCGAAGAAGACCAUGCAGUAGUCUUUUCCAUUCUAUUGGCUCUUUAAAAUGAAGAGAUGCCAUUUGACUUUCUUCUAAAAUCAUCACUAUUCUCAGAUCUAUAUGUGUAGGUUCAAUAGUUUCACUUUUAUUGUGAUGUAUAGGGUUUUCCAUGGCCUUUAAAGUAAGAUAAUUGAUCAUUUGCAUCUGACAAACUCUGUAAAUAUACUGCUUAUAUUCUAAAACUAAUAUAUUGUAUUAAUCUUAGGUAUUUAGGUCAUUUAAAAAUAUAAAAUAUAAUAAGUAAUAUUUACAGUUUCUGCUAUUGAUUGUGCUAUUGAUGUCCAUGCGGUUAAAUAUUGAAGCAACUCUUUCUUUAUUUCUCUUUUUUCAAAACCAUCCAUGAAUUUCUAUAUUACAUAUAUACAGUGUGUACCAAUAAUUCAUUAUAUAUCAGUUUGUCAUGUCACAGAAAAGUCAUUAAUGAUGAUUUGAGAUUGUUUAUGCAUGUGAUGAUCUGCAACUAAAAAUAAAUAAAUAAAAAAUGGUGGAGGAAGAACCGAAGUGUUUCUGAAUACAGAUCCUGCUCCAGCAGAGCAACUGUCUUUUAAAUGAACAGAAAUAAUGCUGAUAUUCAAUGAGCAAUACAAUUAAUGAAGAAUCAAUGGAAGGAACAGAGAAUGAAACAUAGACUAUUAGUUUAGGUGUCCUUGUUUCAUUGUUUUUGGUGUCAGAUUUACAUUUCACACACAGCUUAGACAAUAAGUUUGUUUUAUGCCUAACCUCAGGUGUAAUAAACAAAUGUCUGUGAUUUCAAUGGUAAAAAAAACUGUAAAAAUGCUACAGUAAAUAUCUGUUAACCACAGUAAGAUUUUGUAAUAUAUACAGUAAAUAACAGUUAAUCGACUUUCCAAGAAUUCUCUGCAUGACGCU